UACUUUGUUUUCCUACAUAUCAAUGGUCAGUCAGCAUGUCAAUUUGGUAUUCCAGCUCUUGUCACACUAUAAUAAGGUCCUAAUAACAAAUUCCUACACCAUUUAUCUAAGACGUUGCAAAGAUGAAGUCAGUUUUCUGUCUUUGUGCCAAAUACAUUUUCCCAUUUUUCCUCAUUUUUGGCUUUCUGGAUGUAGUGAUUGCUGCAAAUCAUGACAAUGAAACAGACAGACUAUCACUGCUUGCAUUCAAAGAGACCAUAACACAUGAUCCCUUUGAAGUCUUGAGAUCAUGGAAUGAAACCGUUCCCUUCUGUAAGUGGCAAGGUGUGAUCUGCAGCAGCAGUGGAUACGUUACAUCUUUAAAGCUGCAGCAUAAAAAACUUAAGGGUCCAAUAUCACCCCAUAUAGGAAAUUUGAGUUUUCUGAAUGAGUUGCUUCUCGACAACAAUAGCUUUACUGGUGGAAUACCUCCAGAGCUAAGCCGUUUACAAAAUUUGAAAAUGUUAUGGCUUAGGAACAAUUCACUAGAUGGUGAAAUCCCUUCAAAUCUAUCAGCUUGCUCCAACCUUGUCGAGAUUCGUCUUUCUUGGAACAACCUCAUAGGGAGGAUUCCUGCUGAAUUUGGCUAUUUCUCAAAACUCCAACUCAUACAAGCUCCAAGAAACAGUCUGACAGGCAGCAUUCCGCGUUCUUUUGGGAACUUAUCAUCUCUGCUGUUUCUUGGUUUUUCGUCUAACUAUCUCAGUGGACACUUACCCAAUGAGAUAGGAAACCUGAUGAAGCUAGAAUAUAUUGGCUUCAAUGAUAACAGCUUGUCUGGUGAGUUUCCUACUGAAAUUUUUAACCUCUCUUCCUUGACUACUAUAUUUGUCUCACUGAACAAAUUCAAAGGGACUCUUCCACCAUACUUGGGAACCACUCUUCCUAAUUUGUACUACAUAGCAAUAUCUGAAAAUUCUUUUUCAGGACCACUCCCUAUUUCAUUAUCAAAUUCGUCGAAACUUGAGUAUCUUUUCCUUGAUACCAACAGCCUUAUAGGUCAAGUUCCUACUUUGGAGAAAUUGUAUAAGCUUAGUCAUUUUAGCAUCUCCAGCAACCUCCUGGGAAGCGGAGGAUAUGAUGACCUAAGCUUCAUCUCGUCCUUAACAAAUGCCACUAAUCUUGAAGAAUUAGGUUUGGAUGAUAAUAACUUUGCAGGGGUGAUUCCUGAACCAAUGAAAAAUCUCUCAACUAAGCUCACAGGAUUUCUUUUGAGCAACAAUCAUCUAUCUGGACCUAUUCCCAGCUGGUUGGAAAGAUUUACCAAUUUGACAACUAUUAGAAUGUCAAAUAACCAAUUCAUUGGUACCAUUCCAUCUGAUAUUGGGAGAUUUCAAAAGCUGCAAGUUUUGGAUUUAUCACAUAACAGAUUCAGGGGGACUAUCCCAUCAGCCCUUGGAAAUCUAAGUCUGUUAACCAAGCUUGACCUUAAUCACAAUAAACUAUAUGGUGGUAUCCCUAUUAGUUUGGGUCAGUGCCAAAAUUUGCAGGCAUUAAAUCUCUCUGAAAAUAACCUCAAUAGCUCGAUACCUCAGGAAAUUUUUGGCCUUUCUUCCUUGACAUUGUAUUUAGACUUGUCUCAUAAUCAAUUUAUUGGUUCUCUUCCUGUGGCCAUUGGAAAUCUUAAGAAUCUUGGUGUAUUGACUCUUAAGGGAAACAGGUUGUCUGGUGAAAUUCCUGGCACCCUUGGCAGUUGUGUUAGAUUGGAAGAACUUUCGCUGGAAGGUAACUACUUCAGGGGAAGUAUCCCCUCAUUGAGUUCUUUGCGAGGUCUUCGGAUAUUAGAUCUCUCAAACAACAAUCUAUCGGGUCAAGUUCCACAAUAUUUGGGUGAUUUUGACUUGCAGCUUUUGAAUCUUUCUUUUAACAGCUUUGAAGGUUCAUUGCCAACAGAAGGUAUAUUUAAAAAUGCAAGUGCAAUUUCCGUGCUUGGAAAUUCGAAGCUAUGUGGGGGUGCACCACAACUGCAGCUUCCUAAAUGUAUCCAAAAAGAGUCAAAUAAGAGUUUCCCAACAUCCACCUUUAAGUUAUCCAUCUCAAUAGUUUGUGGAGUUCUUGGGUUGGCCUUGCUCUUUUGUUUCAUAAUAUUUUACAGUUGCAAAAGAAAGAAGACGCGUUUGGCAAGCUCUACGAACCACUCCCUCGUACAAGUGUCUUACAGAAGCCUGUACCAGGCUACAGAUGGAUUCUGUUCAGCAAAUUUCUUAGGUAAAGGUGGCUUUGCAUCUGUAUAUAAAGGAGUCAUGGAAAACAAUGGAGCGACAUUCGCAGUAAAGGUCUUUAACCUUUUACAACGAGGAGCUUCCAGGAGCUUCUUGUUAGAGUGUGAAGUCUUGAAGAAUUUCAGACAUCGGAAUCUGGUUAAAGUACUAACCGCAUGUUCAGGAUUUGAUGAUGAGGGAAACGACUUCAAAGCUCUGGUUUAUGAAUACAUGGAGAAUGGUAGUUUGGAUGACUGGUUGCACCCAUGCCCAAAUGAAGACAUGUCUUAUGGGGAAACCAAGAAAUUAUCCUUUCUCCAAAGGAUGAACAUAGCUAUUGAUGUUUCUUGUGCAUUGGAGUAUCUUCACAACCAGUCCCAUGAAUCAGUAGUGCAUUGUGACCUCAAACCAAGCAAUGUCCUUCUUGAUGAUGAAUUGGUUGGCCAUGUUAGUGACUUUGGGUUAGCAAAAUUCCUUCCUACAGCAGAUACUGACGAAUUCUCCCGUGCACAGACAAGCUCUUCUACUCUAAGAGGCUCGAUCGGUUAUACUGCUCCUGAGUAUGGGAUUGGCAGUAAAGUGUCUUCCUCUGGUGAUAUCUUUAGCUUUGGCAUACUUCUUCUGGAAAUGUUCACAGGAAAGCGGCCUACUGAUGACAUGUUUACAGAUGAUCUUGACCUUCAUAAUUUCGUUUUAGCUGCAUUUCCAAAUAGAUUGCUAGAGAUAUUGGAUCCAGUACUUCUAGAAAGCAACGAAAUGAAGCGUGACAAAAUUGAGGAGUGUGUGAAUUCAGUGCUUGGAGUAGGGCUUACUUGCUCUGCAGAAUUGGCAAGAGACAGGAUGAACAUUGCCGAUGUUGUUGCUGAACUGCUGUCUAUAAGAAAUGGUAUUUCUGGAACAUCUUGGACAAGACCACUAGACAGAAACAGGUGAUUUCAUUUCCAGUUUUGUCGAAUGAAGAAUAUUAAUGUACCUAUGUUAGCACUUCCUGAACAAAUGUGGUUUGGCUAUUGGAAAACCAUGUGAUAUGAGAAUAUUUUGCUUGUCCGAUU